UAAAAACAGAUCAAAACUUGAACAUGUGUUUCCACAUCGCAAGAACAGCCAACACUUUCUCUGUAAGCUACACGUGUCAUCUCCACAUCGCUCCCACUCCGCUCCUUUUCACUCUCUUAACCUGACAGAGGCUCAAAAUUACAUCUCUCUCCCCGGCCCUUGCUCACUUUCGGCGUCUCUUUCACAUCAAUAUACAAAAAGCAAAACAAAUAAAAGAAAAAAGAAAGGAAAAAGAAAUGUUCCGCAUUUAAUCAGCACAUAAGGCAACCACACACUCCAGAUCUGUUCUAACUAGGACCAAAAGAAAAAAAAAAAAAAAAACUUCAUAUAUAUAGCAAGCCAUUGGAUUUAUAUUAUAUUUAUAUAGAUAAAGAGAGGGAAGUUCAUUGUUUGGGGACAUGGAGGAAAAGUUAGUAGCGAGGCUGGAAUCAGCGGUGGCGCGAUUGGAGGCGCUAUCGACGUCGGGAUUUAGAGGAGGUGCCGUUGGUGAUUUUAGUGGAGCUGAUGUGGCAGCAUCGGAUCCAUCAAUUGUAGCGUUUGAUGAUUUCAUAGGUCAGUACUUAGGUAGGCUUUGGAAUGCUGCUGAGAAAAUUGGAGGACAAGUUUUGGAUGUUACCAAGAUUGUGCAAGAAGCUUUUAGUGCUCUAAAACAGCUUCUUAUUCAAGCUAAACAAACUCAGAAACCUGAGCUUGCGGGGUUGGCGGAAUUUCUUAAGCCAUUGAAUGAAGUUAUAAUGAAAGCAACUGCAAUGACAGAAGGGAGGAGAUCUGAUUUCUUUAAUCACUUGAAAUCUGCUGCUGAUAGUCUCACAGCUUUAGCGUGGAUUGCUUAUACAGGAAAAGAUUGUGGUAUGAGCAUGCCUAUUGCACAUGUGGAAGAGAGUUGGCAAAUGGCUGAAUUUUACAACAAUAAGGUUCUUGUGGAGUACAAAAGCAAAGACCCAAAUCAUGUUGAGUGGGCCAAAGCCAUGAAGGAGCUAUAUGUACCGGGUUUGAGGGAUUAUGUGAAGAGUCAUUAUCCCCUGGGUCCAACAUGGGGGAUUACUGGCAAAGCACCAACUUCUGCUCCAUCUAAAGCUCCUGCACCAAGUGCUCCUGCUCCUCCACCUCCUCCACCAGCUUCUCUCUUCAGUACUGAAUCCUCGCAACCUUCAUCGUCAAAGCCAAAACAAGGGAUGGCUGCUGUUUUCCAAGAAAUCAACUCAAACAAGUCUGUCACUUCAGGUCUGAAAAAGGUUACGGAUGAUAUGAAGACGAAGAACCAUGCAGAUAGAACUGGUGUGGUUGGUGUCAGUGAUAAAGGAGGACGUACUAGUUCACCUUCUUUCUCUAAAGCUGGACCUCCAAAACUUGAGCUUCAAAUGGGUCGCAAGUGGGUUGUGGAGAAUCAGAUUGGAAGAAAGAAUUUAGUGAUUGAUGACUGUGAUUCAAAACAGUCUGUGUAUAUUUAUGGAUGCAAAGAUUCUGUUUUGCAGAUUCAAGGGAAGGUCAACAAUAUAACAGUUGAUAAAUGCACUAAGAUGGGAGUUGUAUUUUUGGAUGUGGUGGCUGCUUGUGAGAUUGUGAAUUGCAGUGGCGUGGAGGUGCAAUGUCAGGGUUCAGCUCCAACAAUUUCUGUCGAUAACACAGGAGGUUGCCAAUUAUAUUUGAGCAAAGAUUCUUUGCGAGCAUCCAUAACUACUGCCAAGUCAAGUGAGAUCAAUGUUUUGGUACCUGGUGCAGAGUCUGAUGGUGAUUGGGUGGAGCAUGCUUUGCCACAACAGUACAUUCAUGAAUUUAAGGCUGGGCACUUUGAAACUACUCCAGUCUCCCACUCUGGAGGUUGAUAGAGUCUUAUUGCAGAUCAGGUUUCCAGUUUCUUAUUUUUGCUUUCUGGCGUGGCUUCAAACACACAUUUUUUUUUCCCUCAAUUCAAUUUGCUGUCAAUAUAUGGUCAUCUCUCAUGUUUAUUUUUUUGGGUAUAACCAUCUGUUGGAAAAUUCUGCUUGAUUUUUCUUUUUCUCCUGUUGUUUGUUUCUAGAUGUCUGUCUUGUUGUGAGGAGUUUCCGACUGCCAUUACGUUGUAAUGAGAACGAAGUUUUGUAUUAUUUUGAUCCCUGAAGGUCUUUAAUUUAUUUGAUUGUCUGAA